AUGCAUUCCGCAACUGCAGUCGUCUUUACAGCAGCUCUGAUCGCUGCCAUAAUCCUGCCAAGCCAAACUUUGGCCGAUCCCCUGAAAGAUGACUCUGUGGACAGGCCAAACACCGAUUAUGCCGCUCUAUUCAGAGCGUUUUUGGACAUGGGUAACGCCCUCUUCGGAACCUGGAGUCCCGAAGGAGCUCUGGAGGAGUUCAUUAGGAAGCGAGAAGGACAGGGCCUGGGUUAUUACUAA